CAGGUGGAGGAUCGGCGGCGCUACACCUUGAAGAUCGUGGAGGAGGAGGCCAAGAAGGAGUUUGAGGAGAACCGCCGCACUCUGGCUGCUCUCGACUCCCUGGACACGGACGGGGAGAAUGAGGAGGAGGAGUACGAGGCGUGGAAGGUCCGGGAGCUCAAGCGCAUCAAGAGGGACCGGGAGGCCCGUGAAGCAAUGGAGAAAGAGAAGUCUGAGAUUGAGAGGUUCCACAGCCUCACCGAGGAGGAGCGCAGGGCCGAGCUGCGGAAUAAUGGCAAACAGAUCACAAACAAGGCCUCAAAGGGCAAAUACAAGUUCCUCCAGAAGUACUACCACAGAGGAGCCUUCUUCAUGGACGAAGAGGAGAAUGUGUUCAAGAGAGACUUCAGUGCCCCCAACCACUUCAACAAAACCAUCCUCCCCAAAGUCAUGCAGGUCAAGAACUUUGGUCGCUCCGGACGCACUAAGUACACCCACCUAGUGGAUCAGGACACCACAUCGUUUGACUCAGCCUGGGCUCAGGAGAGCGCUCAAAACAGCAAGUUCUUUAAGCAGAAGGCUGCAGGAGUGAGAGAUGUGUUUGACCGGCCAACAGUGCAAAAGAGGAAGACCUGAAUCUAAGUUUGGAGGGGGAAGAGAGACUUCAGUAUAUUCAGACUGUUUAACAAGCUUGGGGUGUGUUCAGUGGGAUGAAACGUUUCAGAAUGUUGCAGAUGGAAAUGAACUACACUUCACUGAAGUAUGUUCUAUGGCCAUACAUUUACCUGCAAUAUCCUGAAUGCACCAACCCUUUGAGCAAGGCCCUGGGUUUAGGGCUAUGCCCUGAUAAUGUGUGGAUGCUUCAUGGAGGCAUAUUGAUGUAAUUUUGUACAUUUUCAAAGUUGUGUAGCUAUUUUGUUUUAUCGCCAUUGAUCUGACAUCUGUUAAUUUCUUCUAACUUGGAUAUAAAGCGUAUGUGAUUAAAACAUAACAUUUUCA